AUGGGUUGUGGUGCACGUAAAACAUCUAUGAAAACAAUUGAAAAAGCUACAUUAAUGACAACAUUUAGAGUUCUAAAUUGUUUUUUAGAUAUUCAAUGCGAUACAAAUGAAAAAUACAUGUGUGGACCAAGUUGUAUUAAAACAUGUGAUUAUACGCCUAAAAUUUGUACGAUGAUUUGUCAAUAUGGUUGCUUCUGCAAGUCUGGAUAUGUGCGUAUGUCUAAUGAUAGUGGAAGUCCAUGUAUCAUGCUCAAGGAUUGUUCGAAAAAAGCAAACAUUCCAAAGUGUAGAAUAAAUGAAGAGUAUAAAAAAUGUGGUUCAGCAUGUCCACGUACGUGUAAUAAUUUCUCAUAUCCACUUUCAAAAAGUCCUCAAGCAUGUAUAGCAAUGUGUAUAUCUGGUUGUUUCUGUAAACAAGGUUACUAUCGUUCAAAGAAUGGUCAAUGCGUUGAGCCAGAAAAAUGUUGUACAGACGACAAUGAACAAUAUUCAGAGUGUGGAUCGGCUUGUAUUGAAACUUGUAAUUACACACCACAGUUCUACUCAUCCUCGGAUCCAGUAUGCGGCAACAAUGAACAAUAUACAUGUGGCGCAGAUUGUAUUGAAACAUGUGAUUACAAACCGACCUUAUGUUCACACAUAUGUCGAUUCUGUUGUUUCUGUCAAGAUGGAUAUGUUCGUCAGUCAAAUAACACUGAUAGUCCUUGUGUUAAACGUGAAGACUGUAACAAAACAACGGAGUCUCCACUAUGUGGAGAAAAUGAAGAAUAUCAAGAAUGCGGUUCAGCGUGUUCACGUACGUGUGAUGAUUUUUCUUAUCUAACUCCAAAAAAACAUCAAGUAUGUGUAACCAUGUGCGUAUCUGGUUGUUUCUGCAAACAAGGUUACUAUCGUGCCAAUAAUGGUCAAUGCGUUGAGCCAGAAAAAUGUUGUACAGACGACAAUGAACAAUAUUUAGAUUGUGGUCCAGCUUGUGUUGAAACUUGUGAUUAUGUACCACAACUUUGUACACUUCAAUGUGUUUCCGGCUGCUUUUGUCAGUCUACUGAUUAUGUUCGUAAGAAUAACAGCACUGCUAGUCCUUGCAUUAAACGUGAACAAUGUUCUGAAUGA